UUUUCUUCUUAACAAUAUAGAAGUUGCAACAUUAAGAAAUGCAAAAUUCUUCAAAAUAAAAUCCUCAAAAAAGAGUUUUUGCAGGCGUCAUGUUCAGAUCGAAUGAGUUCGUUCUCACUAGACGUGUCGUCUGCAAACUACCUUUUUUGUUUACGUUCUUUCCUUCAGUUUCUCACGUUCUUCUCUGUGUGUGCGUGUGAAUGUACUUUAGCCACAGGCUAGGUGGUUCUUUGCUCUAACUAACCACGCAUGUACAGACAAGCACGACACCACUGAGACACCAGCAGGCAGCCAAAAAGAGAGAGCGGAUCGACGAUCGCGCCCCGCUCGACCAGCGGCCGCUCUGAGAAUUACGCCCAGUGGUUCUUUAGCUGCAAAGUAGAGUCAGUUGAGGCGCAGACUACAGCCAGGAGCUUUGUGCUACGGGACAUAUCAGUCAAAGCAAUACAACUACGCGCAGUGUGCGUUAUAGGUAGCGAACAGCCAUAUAAAUUUGUGUAUGGGCGUUCAGUACUAAGUGCGAAUCUGCAAUCGACCUUGCCGCUUCUGGUAUCCUCUAUGGACCCCAUAAUUCUAGUGGCAAAUCCUAGUUAAAUCAUGGAACCAGUAGUUUUUGAACCGUUGUGGUCGUGACGUGUUUGUGGCAUAGGUCGACGAGCAAAACGGUCAGAUCAAUAGCACUAAAUCCUCGUACAGCAACGCUGGCAGAGCGUUCCCAUAGAACAACACUGCCAUUGGACACCACUGCAAGAGCUAUCGCAGGGUCGUCUCAAGAUGGCGACCAUUUCGACAGGCUGCAACUGCUGCUAGUAAUUUGUGACGGGCAAUUGUGUGUGUAGUUGAUUGUGGAGAGCGGGUGUGCAGUCGAUUUGUCUGUCCUGUCCUCGUCGUGGUGCUGCGCCUGUUGGUUAGAAGCCGUUAGGAGAGCAGUUUCUACUGCACGACGGCCAUCAUUGGCCUUACAGGAUUGCGAACUGGGGCUGUGCGUGUGUGUGUGAGUGCGCGCGUGUAUUGGCGAGUUUUCUAUCGUUCCCUGUUUCAGCCCAGCAAUUUCGUGGGUGUAGUUAUCUGCUAGAUACAGGACAAGAAGCAGCAGUGAGGCGCGCCAAUGUUUAAAGUGCUCGUUUAGGGAUUUCGUUUGCUGAUCAGCCGCCGCGAACUCGGCAGUCAGAAGAAUCCGUCGAGUAAACGAGGUUGACGCACGAGGCUGGGCCAUACAAAACCUUUGAAGCGAUUCUGAGGGUAGGUGGUUCAUCCUCUGAAGAGACAGUAGAUUUUCUAAAAGAGUGUAAAGGCUCAGAAAGAAAAGUCUUAAAGGGAGGUGUUGAGAGUAAUGAUUAGUUUCUACCGUGACUCGAAGGAUGUCACGUAAUUACACGGUGCUUCGUAAUCGGAUAUAGUAUGUGGUCGAGUAAUAUGCGGAUGAAGUGGAAUAGGCAUUGAAACAACUACGUUGCGUAUUGGACGCUUUAGCUGGUACUGAUCUUAUAACUGUUGAAACAAAGCAAUGCACGACUAUUGUUUCUGCUCUAUGACGUUACCGGCGUGAAACCUGCGAACAAAGUACAGUUCGCGCAUGAAUUACUAAGAUCGCAUUAAUCACGGACCGCAGCACAACUGGCUUUGAACAUUAUAAAUAGAGAUAUGAAGUGGCACCACUAAAAGUUGUAGUUCGCCUGCAUUCAUACCAUCAUAUGACAAUGACCAGUAUUACAACAAGCUCACAUCUAUUGAACUGCGUUGAAAUAAGGUUAUAUCAGCGAAUCGCUGCAUCAAAUUACUAAAAAAAGCCGAGAUUGCAAAACGGACCUUGCUUGGCUUCGGAGUUUGGCUACAAAGACUAACAACGUCUCAAUCCACAAAGCUGAAAGACUUCCACGACUGAAAGAACAACUCUAGCGCAUAGUAAGCUGUAUACACUGUAGAGAAGACACACCAAAAUGGAAACUGUAGUACAAACACCGCCAUCGUACACAAGAAGCGGUACCGGCCACCGGAAUCCGAGUCAGCCUGGCCCCAGCGGGUUUUCGUCUCACCAGCGACGAGGUCAGGUGGCGUCAGCAACUUCUGCUGGAUACGGCCGUGGCCGGAAUGUAUCAUCCGAAGGUGGAGGCUGGGCUCCACGUAAACGUCGCGGGUCAUUCGGAAUGAAUUCUGGAGCCGGAGGAAACGGUCCUGGGGUCGGCUGGGGCGGGAGUAAUGGAGGUGGUGACAGUAACAACAAUACGAGCCAUAACAACAAUUCCAACAAUACCAACAAUAAUACAAAUAACAGUAAUAAUAAUAAUAGUAAUAAUAGUUCAAAUAACAGAUUUAAGAGGCGAAAACGUCAGCAUCCUGAUAUUGUAUUGCCGACAAAGUUCAUGCUCGGGGGUAGUAUUACUGAUCCUCUGAACCUGCGUAGUCUUGAAAACGAAGAGGUAAACCGGCUUGCGAAUCAGACCCCUGUAGCGUCACCUGCGCCGGCUGCAGGUGGCGGCAGUGAGCGCGUGGAAGUGAUUAUUCCGCGCGACAUUAAGGACCCGCUCAAUCUGAACGCACCUGAACCGCCUGCAAUGGAGGCUAGCUCCGAACAACGCUCCCAACAGCUAAAUACUAGUACGAGUGCAAACGAUGGCAAGCGAAACAGAGAUAACAGUACCAACAGCAAAUCUUCAAAUAGUCAGUUGCAGACGAAAAAGAAUCGCCGACGACGUAACCGAAACCAUCAUCAACAUGGAAGAUUUACGGGAAGUGGAUUAAGUUGGCGAGCAGGUGCUGGGCCUUCUGGUUCGAAUAACUGGUCCCCAACAGGCCCUGCUGGUGGUUAUGAUAUUGCGGAUAAAUACCAAAGCGCUCAUAGCGGACGAGGUCGAGGAGUUCGGAGCAACAAAAACAAUAUUAAUAGCAACGACAAUGUUGGACAAAACAAAUCAUUAGCCAAAACAACAACUGCAGAAGAUAAAACGGACAACACAAACAACAGUGGUGGUUGUAGCAGUAGCAAUAACGGAAAAAAUACCACAGCGGCGUCGACAGGGGCCAACGUUCAGAAUAAUGCCAAUGUUAGUGACAGUAGCAAUAAUAAUAAUAAUAACAAUUCUAAUAGCACCACCAAGAACAAUGUAAGCGGCGAUGGCAAAAAAUCUUCUGCUAACCAACGGUUUCGCUACGGCAAUUACAAUCGAUACUACGGUUAUCGAAACGGGACGGAAGCAGAUUCGAGACUGUCGCUGCUAAAGCGGAAGUGGUUCGAAAACAAGGUCUGCCUCGACAUUGGAUGCAAUGUUGGUCACGUAACAUUGAGCGUGGCACGGGACUACGGUCCCCGUGAGAUCAUUGGCAUGGAUAUUGAUCAGACAUUGAUUCGCAUUGCAAGAAAGAACGUUCGCCAUUACGUGCAUGAAGAAAACGUGCAGGGCAGUUGGUUUCCUGAAUCCUGCGCUAUCACUUUUGGGCCUAUUGCAAUAGCACCUGUGCGCGUUGGUGCUAGCGGCGGUGGGACGUCAUACAGAAGUACAAAUAUGCCAGAAGUUGAUGGAGGAAGUGCGAACCAUAGGCGAGGCGGAGGACCUGGAGCUUCCAACCGAGAUGGAGCUGCUUCGACAAACAGCAGUUACACAGGCCUACCCGUACCAUUCCCGUACAACAUAUUUUUCACCCGAGGUAAUUACGUUCUCGACACCGAUGAGCUACUCGAGACACAGCGGGAAGAGUUUGAUACGAUCAUGUGCCUUUCAACGAGCAAAUGGAUACAGCUAAACUUUGGCGAUGAGGGGCUAAAGCGCACGUUUAAACGAGUGUUUCGCCAGCUUCGUCCCGGCGGACGUUUUCUGUUCGAACCGCAACCGCUAUCGUCCUACCACAAGUUCUGCGCACCCGAACAUCGUGAGAACUUCCGGCAGAUGCAAUUGAAACCGGACGAAUUUCCUGAUUACUUGACACGCGAGGUUGGUUUCGCGUCAUGCAGAAUUCUCGGCGUUGGCAACCAUGGGGCAAAGAACUUCCAGCGGCCGCUCUACCUAUUACGCAAAGCCAAAACCGAGAAGACGCCGAUGCAGGGAAAUAGUGACAAUGGUCAAAGUAGAAAUACGCCAAAUAGUAGCCCAGCUGGACAAGGCAAUAAAACUAGCGAAAGAACAGAUCCAUUUAAAGACGAACGUAAUAAAGAUCCAUCAAUAUCGCGAAGUUUCGAAGCUCCCCCCAGCCAGCCUUCUCUGCCAAGGCCUUCACCAGCGCAUGAGUGUGAUACAACCACGGCAUCGAUUUAAUCAUUGUUCAUCUUCAAUUACUUUACAGAAGCGCGCAGCACUAAGUAAAUGAGCCCACCGUAACGAGGAACUAGCUGUAUCUGAGGUCACCAAGAGAGAAGUGAAUUUCACCCUCAAAGUCACAAACGAAAUGUGUCACUUGGCGGCAUCCGCACAUGCACAUAAGACUUUAUCGGUUAGAACUAUCAACGACUUUCUUUUUCGGGUGAAUAUUUGAAGAUCGUUGCGCGUGAGAAUCUCCAAACAACUAAUUUACCCUCCGUAGCAAUUGAACACUGAUGAAAUCGUAAAAUUGGACAUAAUUGUUUUGAGCAUGGCUAAGAGCAGUUUGUUGUCGCCUGGGAACGUUCAUCGGACGUUUGUUCGCCACUGCUCCUGAGAUAAAGAUGGUAGUCUGCACUCGGAGUCUACUGAACAGCAUCGUUAGAACGUGCCUCUCUUGACGAUCGUUUAUUGCCUGGGUGAGGUUGACUCCUGUUAAAUUUUUCCCAUCUCUGACAUAUCUACAGAUAUUUAGGCCACUGUUGGAUGGCAGGCGUAUUCUUCAGUGGAACCGUGAUGCCUGGAGGAGAUAUAAAUCAAGCAAAACAGAAGUUUGACGUCUGCGAAAUAACUGAUGUGACUGCAAAAAGCGUGUAUUACUAAUCCAUCGCUAUAAUCAUUGUUAAGUAAUAUUGCUUGUAGGGAUAGGGGGUAGAGGAACGUAAUGCAGAUACUUUGAUUUUCCUGUACAAAGAUCUCUAGGUAGGUGGCGAAUAGAAGUGCGAAGAAAAUUGGAUUGCCAAUUCGCCACGUCGCAAAUGGCCUAACCUCUAGUCGAAAUCUUUGGAAUUCCAUUUCAUGCACAUAUAUACAAGAUUAAGACGACGAAUAUGUAGUACCAAUGCGUAUGUUUGAGUUUCGGUACUGCGCAUUGAAAAGUUGUUGUGCUAUAUGAGUCGAACGGUAUGGCGCGUUCAACACCAACAGAUUAAAGAAUUUUUGGUCAUCUAAGAAGCUCGUAGUAUUUUUCGUAGUAGUUGAAAGAUACUGUCGGAGCAGGAAUUUGCAAGCUUUCAGUAGGAUAGAUUCACUGUUAUGCAUCGAAAUCAAUUUUCACCUGCAAAUUCUUAUUUUACGUAUUUAUUGAAUACGGCUUCAGCAAUUUUUCCGUGUUGAACAUGUUUAAUGUGACCCGGUAGAACUGUUUACCGAAUAUUUCAGUGGCUAAAACGUUGCGUUGAACUAUUAUUAAUUGUUGGUUUAUGCAAAUGGCAUGUGCGUGCUUGCUUAUCGAAACAAGGAUACGAAAGAUUAGGUAUAAUCUAACAGGUAACUGUUAUGAAAUUCUUUAAUAAUAAACGACAAUAACAAUAUGAGCAAUAACGACGACUAAUCAGAGCCUAACUCUAUAGGCACGAAGGGACCAUUGCGUUAUUUAGUUCGCACUGGUGAUCGAUUCAUUUUAGGGUUUUGUAUUCCAGUAUAUACUUAACAUCACAUUCUAUUCAAAUAUUAGCGUUUAUAGCCGUCGCCAAGAAAGUACUUGAUUGGACGUAGAUAAGUUCUACUUUAAAGGCGGCUACUGUUCCGUUCUUCAAGGUAUGAGGUUUUCGGAGUGCUUAGCCUUAACAAAACAUACAUAAAUCAAUGAAAUUGCUAUGAAUUACACGGCAUAAUAAAUCAUUAUCAUAUUGCUAGUGGGUAUUACCAAUAAAAAAUUUAUGUAAGAUAAUUGUAUAGUGGUGGUUCAAAGUGAAGGCGAAAGAGAAUAACAUGGCUUUCCUUUAAUAUACAUAGCUCUGGGAAAAUAGUAAUAAGACACAUAUUACUAAUGUUACUAUAUUAUUAUUAUUAGCUUUGUACGCUCUCAGAUGUCUGUUUGAAUGGCAAUCUGGUAACAAAUGGAACCAUUAAUGAUUAAAUCAAUGAUAAACGUUUGGCCAAGCCUUCAAGGCCUGACUAUGUCAGCAGUUAAUUUGAACCAUCUGUAUUCUAAGUUAAAAUGGAUUUGUAUGGUGCCAGCGAUGGCGCGGGUUCACGGCCCCCAAAAUACUUUGCAGGGUGGCAGAAUGCGUGAGGGUAAAAGUAUAGUAUAAAAGUGUGCUAAUGCCUCUAGCUUUCAGCAAAAGUACGAUUGGAAUAAAUCUAAUUCAUCUAGCCAUUUUAACGUUAACGAACGCGUUAGCGACUUCCUGCAUCUUAUGUUCUUUCGGAGUGUAAAUCUACACACUUGUCGAAAUAUUUGUAUGAAUUUGUAUGCAAGGUGUAUGUGUAAUAAUAAUAAUACAUUUCGUGCAUGUGGGAAUCUAGACAGAGCGUACAGAAAUAAAUAUAAAGAAACGUACCUAUUUAGCUUUGAAAUAAUCUGAUUAUAAUAUAUAUAUAUAUAUAUAUUCAGGUUGCUAUCUUUUAGAAUCUUGAGUAGCAGAUAAAUGCAUGGCUGCUUUGGCAAGGAUCUAGGCCAAACUUAUUUCAAUUUGUCGCAAAUACGUCAGGUAUAUACAUACGGUGUCCCGCCGUUCGGUCCGAAAUUGUGUUUUCAAGUGCAAACCACAGCAAGCGUGCACACCCGCCAUUUUGGCGGCAAUUUAACGAUUCGAAAACCCUAAUACGUUUCCAGCAGAGAUAGAUUUAAGGUGCAUUAGUAGUAACGUUACACGACAAAAGCUGGUCAAGUGGCCAAACAUUUGAUGGUGAUCAUAUGGUGGCAGUUGAAAAGUGACAGUUUUGUAUGCAAAUCAUGUUCUUUCUAAGGCAAUUCAAUAUGAUUAUAACUUUAAUCACAAACUUACGAAGCCAUUUCGCCGACACGGUAUUUCCCAUACAAGCUAGAAGCGCUUAGCAUGAGAGCAAAGCGAAACUCAGCUCAACCGGCUCGUGGCCUGGGCAGUGGGACAUCAUAAAUAUAUAUAUAUAUAUAUAUAUAUAGUUAAAAGAAGAUCUGCGAUUGUUACAUAUGAGAGGAAAAACGCUGGAAUAGAGGGAAGAACGUGUAAAAGAAAAAGAUGGCGAUCGUGCGAAAACGAUGAUAAUGAUACUGACCUUAUAAUAAUUUGUUUAUACUACGAGUGGAGGUUAUUUUAGACAUAAAAAUUAGUCAAUUGAAGAUGACAAAUACCGUACGGGUGAACAAAACGAAACUGAAAAAUCGAUGCCCCGGUCGACGUCGGUGAAUGAAUACGAGAGUGUAAACAGCAAAUAAACUUUUAAAAAAGU